GUAAACUGUAUUUUAUUUUUUAAAUUUAAUUUAUUUAUACGAAUUAUAAAUAUUACAUGAAUAUAUUUGUAAUUGCAAUGUAUCGUUAGUUAUCGAUAUCUGAACCAACACAUCACUUGUCGUAUGGAAAUGUCAUAUCAAAACGGAAAUGGCGAAAGUUGACGAAAAAGGAAUAUCAGGAUUAGUAAUGAGAAGAGGUGAAAGCAAGAAUAGUAGAAAGAAUUAUAAAAAUUCAAUUUUUCGCACUAUCAGUUCGAUAAUAUUUAUACAAAUAUAUAUGUACACAUAUAUAGUAAAUAUAUUCAUAAUAAAAUGGAUAUAAACGGUCAACGUGCACUAAAAAUAAACUAGAGCUUAUAUUAUAAAAAUAAUAUCUGGCUUAAUCAGAAUUUGAAAAGCAAAGCGGAAGUUCAUAAAUAGAGAUAAGAGCAUAAUUUUUAUUCUGACGACACAGCAACAGCCAACUCAUAUACAGCAACAGUUGCUGGUGCAGUAUACUGCACUGUUUUUUUGGAAGAGCAAUCGCUUAAACUAAUCGAACUACUAAUUUCUUAUUACAUUUGGAGGCUCGUGGGUGGUUUAUGCCAGGCAGAAUAAACAUGACCUCAGCCGUCGAUAUACAGAUUGACUCGGCACCCAAUUUGCAUAAAAUCGAGAAUUUCUUUAAAGAUGUGUCGUAUCGUGAAACUAUUGAGUUCAGUGCUAAUUUUAACACGCGCUUGUGCUUAGAGCGGCGUCUACGCUUGCCCUUUUUCGAUCCACAAACCCGCGUUGCUCAAAGUCAUUCACAUCUAUUUAUGGAUAAAGGGCAACGAAUGCCGGGGUUUCGCCAAGGGCAAAUAUAUACAUAUCCGUCAACACGUUGGCGUAAAAGCCGGCGACAAUAUCUAAAUAAAAUGUAUAGGUUUCCCGAUCGGCCAUUUCAAGCCUUGCGCAAGGAACAUGAAGCACAUACAGCUAUUGGCACAGCGUCACCAUUAGUCAGUUCGAGUAUUGCGUCGACACUCGAUUCUGAUUUGAAUGGCACACUGCUUGAUGAAUCGUUAUCGUUAGGCGCCGCUGGUGGCGAUACAUCUGACAGUAAAGAUAGUCAGCAACUUGUUAUGCAACAACAGCAGACGCAACAAGCUAUUAAGGAGGACAUGUCGAAAGAAUGGUUCUAUGAUGACAUUGAAAUGAACGAGUUGGAUGCAAUAGAAGAGCCCAAAUCGCCUGCUGAUGAUGAAUUUGACUAUGAUCCCCGUUAUGGUAGUAAAAAGCGACGAAAACGGCGUCCAAGUAAACGUGCCUCGACUGCUGCCGCUGAGGGGGGUGUUGGUGGUGGUGGUAGUGGCCGUCGUCGUGGCCAACGUGGACGAACUUCAGCUGCUGCUGCCGCCGCUGCUGUUGCAGCUUUAUCUGAUGCCUCACUCUCCACAUUCGAUGCAACCGAUUGUAACAGCAGUAGCUUAACCGGUGACAUUACAGCAACACCGACCUCGACAACUAGCAGUGGUCGAAAAUCGCGUGGUACUGGCGGCACGCGAGGCCGACGCCGCACAAAAGUCAACACUGCAAAUAUCUGUGAUCCACCCAGUCCGGGUUUGAAUAGUGAACCACCGUCCUUCGAGAGUGCUGCAGCGCUUGUUAGUGUAAUGGGUGAUUUGACAGGUGUGAAUGUGAAUGAUGAACAAGGUGAUUUAAGGAACUAUCGCAAAUUUCUGUAACAAUAUGACAAGAAUGUGAACUGCGAGAGCAUGUGUGUGGUUGUUGCUGAUGAAAAGCUUAAAUCCGAAGCGAACUGUUUGUUGGAUAUUUAGUUGUUGUCCACAUAUUACUAUGUAUGUUCACACACACGACGUAACGUUUUGUACCUUGUUGCCUGUUAGCGUGUUUUUUAUUCACAUAAGUUUACACUAUAAUCCGCAAGUUUUCUAUUUCAUCUUCAACACAUUUUCGUUUGAAUGCGAAAUUAUUAUAUUCUGCGCAUAAAGAAUUUAACUUUUAACGGAAUUUUCGAAACUUUAUUAGAAAUUUGUUUUAUAUUUUCCUUUAAAAAUUUCAAAUAUAUACCAAAGCAAAAGUAACCAUGUUUUAGAAAGGUAACGGUUAUUUUUUAUUUUGCUGUGUCGUUGUUUAAUAUAAUGACUUCAAAUUUGUAAAGCGGUUAAAAUACUACAUUGAAUUAAAUUUUUCAUACAGGUGGCUAUGCAAUGAUAGAUUUGUUGUUAUUUUUAUUACAGACAUAUAAGCUUGUUAUUAUACAUACAUACAUAUUUACAUAUUUGCAGCAAUAAACUAAAUAAUAGAGCGCUAAAUACAUAUUUUUGUUGUUGUGCGUAAUUCAAUAGCAUAUUUCAAUAGAAAAUUUUAUUUUUUGUUACUUAAAUAAUCAAUAACUACGAAAUAGUUAGCAAAAUGAAAUGAUAUUUUGUUUUACAUAUAUUUAUUUGUGCAAGAAAUUUGCAUACGUUGUAUUUAAAUGGCAAGGAAUUGUUAAAAAAAUAUACAUAAAAGCGGUUUCUAUUGUAUAAAAUACACUUGUAGAUAUGGAUAUGUACAAUAUCUAUAAUUUUCUGAAAAUAUUUACAUAAGCGCGCUAGGUAGUACGAAUACAAACAUACAUUUAAAUAUGUUUGUACACUAAUUGAAUUUUAAUAAAAUUACACGAUUUAAUAUGUAAUUUUACAAAACAAAAAAAAAAGUAAUAAUAUUCGAAACACAAUUUUACAAAACCAUUUUGGAAUAUUAUCGAUGUGUGAAAAUCAAAUCAAAAAUAAUAUUAUAUAAGUUAUUACUAUGAAGUCAUUUUGUAAUUGUUAUAUAAAUUUAAAAAAAAAUAUAAUUAUUAUUUAGAAAUUACUUUACUUACACUUAGCUGUUUCUUCAUAAUUCAUAGAGGCGUUGAAAUGUUAUAUAGUAAGCACUUUUCACACAUUUACCGUUAUUAGAUAUUUAUAAAAUAAAAUAACCAACUCUUUGUCACUUAA